AUGACUUCCAUCUCGUCAAUUGCGGGCUCGGGCCGUGCUUAUUCGUCCGACAUGGAAGAAUCGACGUUUCUGAAACGCAAUCGCGUCAUUCAUGUCUUGAGACUUGCUCUUUCAUUUGUGAUCUUGGCCAUCGCUGUCGCCGUCGUUGCAUGCGAGGCUCCGCCACUGCGACGCUAUAAGAGCACUUCGCAGUGGGCACCUGCCGGUCUCGCCCUAUGGCCCUUGAACUUCGACCUCCGCCCAACAGUCGCAGCAAUCACAUGUGGAUGCAUCGUCGCCGUUUUGAAUAUGGUGUACAUUGUUACUGCCCUCAUGCCAUCGCCCUACUCUCGCAUCAAACCACUGAACAUCUACGCCUCGGCCUCGGCCCUCGCGGGCUUUGUCACUUCCCUUGUCUCCCUUUUAUUCAUCAUCUAUCGUCCCGCCUCAAGCCACCCUGCUGGAUUCAGCAAGAACGAGACACUCCAGAGCUGGACCUGCAAAUGGAAAGCAGGUGCUGACGGAACCACGAUCCCCCAUGGCUUUGAUCGUGAUUGUAUGAAUACUCGAGCCGGGUUUGUCCUGAUUUGUGUUUUGAUUGGAAUGGAGACGUUCAUAGGUGUUCUUGCUGCUAUUGGAACGUGGUUCCAGCGCGAUGUCGCGCGUCGACGGGAGCAGCAGUUCCAGUUGGAAAAACAUGAAAUUGCUUCCAAGCAUGCGGAUCGACAGUGA